AUGUCAAGCUAUAGCUCUCACGGCGCGGCUCAAGCCGGUCCCUCCCGUACCCCCGCCCACGCCCACCUAUCCCCCUCGUUCAACCCCACCCCCCUCUCUCCCCACGCGCCCCGCUCCAUCCCCAACUCGCCUAUCCUCGUCCAGCCCCUUCCAUCCACUUCGGCGCUACACGAAGAAUCCCUCCGCUCCUCCGAGGCAGAGUAUCACCGCCAGAUCGCCCAAGCCAAGCGGGAACGCGAGCUUGCCGAAGCGCUCCAAGAGCAACAAUGGGAGGUCGAGCGCGCUGCCGUCCGGGACUCGCAAGGCUCCUGGGGCCCUUCCAAGCGCCGAGCGGCCAACACAUCUUCGGGGUCCAGCGGCGGUUCGACGGCAGGCUUUGUACGUCCUCCACAGGCGUAUGAGCUGUAUCAAGCGAUCGACCGGAAAGAUAUCGAAUUUAUAAUGCGGGUACGGGAUCAUGCGUUCCACCUGCUGCUGCAGAAGAAUGCGGGACAGUUUCCGAUCCUGUAUGCGGCGAGGAUAGGGCCGGGACAUCGAGAUAUUGUUAUUCUGCUGAUUGGGGCGCUGUCGCGCUUUGUCAAUCAGCUGGAGGAUGACGAGUUUGAAAAGAAGGAGACGAGGAAUACGCUCAAGGCGUUGAGGUCUAAUCUCAAGCUGGCCAUCGAUAAUGCCCUCCUCCCUGGCGACUCGCCCCACCUCCUCUCCUCCUACCUCCAAGUCCUCAUCAUGUCGGAAGGCGACGCCUGGGUUCUCAAAGCGGUAUACGAAAUCUCUCUCCUCCUGCGCGACCCACAGUCGGCCCCCGUCGCCGCCGCAGAAGAGAUGGUCAGAGGGUUUUGCACCAAGGAGCUCCGGGGCGUGAGUGGCGGAGUAGGCGAUGUGGAAGAGUACAUUGCGAAUGCUGCGCUCGACCUGAUUAUCAUGGCGACGUGGAGUUUGGUGGCGGGGCAGAUUGACGUGGAGCCUCUUCCGACAUAUACGUUCGCGAGGGAUCUCAGGACGUGGACAAUGCUGUGUGAGGCGAUGGAUGAGAAUCAUGACAAGAUGGGCAAGGUGUCUGCAAGGCUGAGGAAGCUGUCAGGACAGCUGAGAGAGCUCGGCGGGGAUAGCAAGAAGGGGGUCAGAGGGAGAUUGCGGGAUGUGGCGGCGGUGGUGGAUGUAGCUGAAUGA